UGUGGAAAACACUUAAGAACCAUAUUCACGUCUUAAUCAGAUUACCACAAUCUAAGACAAACAAAAUGACAUUUUCAGCACAAGAACCUCCUUUCAACUUUUUAAAAACCAUUACUUUGCACGCAGAGUCUUACAGUGCAACAGGCAGUGCUGAACUAAUGAAUCUAUCCACUUGCUCCAAAGAGGAUUACUGUUCCUUCUGCUUAGCUUAGUUACCUCAAAUUAGGAUAAGGGUAAAGAGAGGUCUGUCUACAGCGGCCAUCUGUCUGCCAAGUGGCCAGUCGAGCGCUCGCACUGGUGUAAAUGGAGAUGAGUCUGGAGCUGGAUGUUUUGAUAUACCCAGAUGAAGUGAGGAUUCCUACUCCGGAGGAACUCGCAGAAUGGGAACUUGAGACUGCGAGCCAGGUGUCCAUACCUACCGUCCGACUCUUCGUGGCACUUUACCCAUACAACCCUGCUGCGAUGUCUCCCAACCAUGAGACAGCUGCAGAGGAGCUGCCUUUUGUUCCAGGCCAGAUAAUCAAGGUGUUUGGAGACAAAGACUCUGAUGGUUUCUAUCAUGGGGAGUCCGGUGGUCUCUCUGGUUAUGUGCCAAGUAAUAUGGUGGCUGAGAUCCCAGUGGAUGAUGAGUACCUGAAGCAUGUACUCAUGCAGCAGGGAUUCCUCCCUGUGGACCACACAGGUAUGUCUUUAACGCCUGAUCUGAGCGACGUAGCCAGUAUCCCUGAGGACGUGGUUGUUCGACGAAUGGUGGCCUUAUUUGACUAUGAUCCCUGGGAAAGUUCGCCCAACAUGGACAGUGAAGUUGAACUUGGCUUUCGUUCAGGAGACAUCAUAUAUGUGAUGGGUGACAUGGAUCAGGAUGGAUUUUACUAUGGGGAUCUGCAUGGACGACGGGGUUUGGUUCCAUCAAACUUCCUGCAGCCUCUACCCUGGGAUUAGAAAACGCCACGCUAGGAUGUU